AUGGAGCCCCGCAAAACCCCUCCAGAGUACUUUCUGGAGAUCUUCGCAGAUACCACCCAUGUGCGAGAUGUGCUGAAAGGUGUCCUCAACCUCAUUUUCUUCCACCGGUACUUCCCUUGCAUCCGGCCCGUCACGUUUGACGUGCUUGACUUCACCCUCCCGGCGAUCAACGACGCAGAUCUAGAAACACUGAUCGACUCGCGUGUAUCGGCUCUGGUUCGACAACAUCUUUCCUCCGCAGCUGGAGGCCACGAUGGGGCUCCCAUUGGCGGAGGAGGUGGCGUGCGAGGCCGCAUCGCAGUCGAAUUCUACGAGAAGAAGCGACGUCGCUCGGGAAAUUGGUUCGGUGGACUGACCGGCAAGGGCGAGGAAGAAGUCUGUUGGGAGAUUUGGACGCUGGAUGUGACAAUUGCGACCCCACGUACUGAGUCUGAGCGGGCCAAGGUUCGCAAGGCAAUGGGCAACAUGCUUCAGAAAGCGGCUUUGAAGAUCCUCAGUGUGGCCAACCGCGACAAGGAUCAUAUCCCACCCAUCACCACCAGUGACUCCAAUCCGUUCCCCUAUCGCAUUGUCGUUAAUCCCCGCCCUGACGGCUGGGGAAACCGCAUAGGUCUCUACUGA